AUGCUCCAGCUAAUAAUCAACCAGCUCCUAGUGCUGGGGAACCUGCUUACCAUCCUGCUCAUCGGGCUGGACUCUUGCGUCCACACCCCCAUGUACUUCUUCCUUAGCUACUUGGCUUUCACUGAUGUUUCUUUCUCAUCUGUCACUGUUCCUAAAGUGUUGAUGGACAUGCACACUAACCACAAGUCUGUCCCCUUCACAGGGUGCAUUUCCCAGAUGUAUUUUUCCAUAUUUUUUGGUUGUCUUGACAAUUUCCUUCUUGGAGUGAUGGCAUAUGACAGGCAUGUGGCCAUCUAUCACCCACUCCAAUACACAAUUGUUAUGAGGCAGGAGCUGUGUGUCUCAUUAGUAGCUGGGUCCUGGUUCUUCAGUUGUGCACAUGCCCUGUUGCACACCCUCCUCUUGGUCCAACUGUCCUUCUGUGAUGACAAUACCAUCCCCAACUUCUUCUGUAACCUCUCUGUGCUCCUGAAGAUGAACUGCUCAGACGUCUACCUCAAUGAGCUGGUCAUGUUCAGCGAGGGAGGAAUGUUGGUCAUCCUGCCUUUGAAGUUGGGCUCUUAUAUCCAUAUAGUGACCACCAUCCUGAGGGUCCUCUCCAUGAAGAGAUUCUUCAAAACCUUUUCUACAUGUGGGUCCCAUCUCUUUGUGGUGUCUUUUGGGACCAUUGCCGGUAUUUACUUUUUCUCCUCCUCAUCCAUCUCCAAUGAUAAAAACAUAAUUGUUUCUGUGAUGUAUAUGGCAGUUGCCCUCAUGCUGAACCCCUUCAUCUACAGUCUGAGGAACAGAGAUAUGCAACAUGCCCUAGAAAUAUUUGUUAAUAGGGUUAAGUUCUUUAACUCACAAUCACUCAACGUAUAA